UAAGCUGCGAGCGCUCAUCUCUCCUCUCCGCCACCGGCGCGUCUUUCACUGUUCUUAUGAAAAACUUUGAAGGGGUGAGGGGCGAAAUGAGCAAGAAAAUCGUUUAGGAAAAGGAAGAAGAAAAAGAAAAAGAAAGAUCAAGUCCGAGAAGAGCGGUGGAGCCGGGAGAAAGAGGGAGCUAUGCCAUCUCCCGCCGAGCGGAGCCCAGUCCUCCUCAGUUGCGUGUCGGAUCUACAGCAUGGUGUCUCUUUCUGGACUCUGGAGCCGCUGCCUCGCCCCGGGGAGAACCCGUCUCCUUUUCAUCUCUGUCAGAGUGCUUCCGCUGCUGCUUCUCCUCCUGUUGACUCCCUUCUCCUCUGCCGAGACCUGCUUCCCUCACCCGGCGCCCUGCCACAUCUUGGCACGGAUCGGACACACCGUGCGCCUCGGUGCGCUCCUGCCGACCCGCCAGCCGGCGCGGAUACAGAACGCGCUCAACCGCGCCCUGGCGAGCAUCCGGCACCAGAGCAGCGGGACGGAUUCCACCACCGCUUCCGCCCAGCCGGCCCCUCUGCUGCCCUACAACCUGACCCUGGAGAUGGUGGUGCGGUCGCCGGCGGGGUGGGACCCGGAGUCGUUGUCCCACAGCGCCUGUCAGGACCUGGUGAUCAGAGGCGUGACAGCCGUGCUCGCCUUUCCACGCUCCAGGGAGGAGCUGAUCCAGGUGGAGUUCCUCUCCUCUUUCUUGGAGAUUCCCUUCGUGUCCAUCCUGGAGGACACGGAACCCCUUGUGACAAAGAACCGGUUUCACCUCCAAAUGUCGGCCCGCGUGCCUCCAUCAACCCUUGGCAGCUUGCUGCUGGCGGUCCUGCAGAGUGGCGACGGGGACAGGGACAGAGGGAGCCGGGGAGAAGGCAGAUGGGGUGGUGCAGCUGUGAUCUGCCCCGGAUGGGAUGAAGGCAGCGACGGCUUGCUGACUCACCUGCAGGAGCACAGCGGUCCUGCUUGGCAUUUGUGGGAUAUUAUCAACCUGACGCUCAUCACCGGCAGCAAAGACAGAAGGGGGGAGGCCAGCGAGGAGAGGAGGGAGGAUCAAAUGGAAGAAGAGGCUUUGAACAUCAUCUCUUCCAGUUUCCUGCGCUCACCCUCGCCGAUCUCCUCCGUGCUACUUAUGGGAUCUGACCCGGAGUGUCUCUCAUCUGUCCUGCGAGCCGCUCAGCGCCUUGCCCCGUCACUUCCAGCGCUGCAGUGGAUCAUGGGAUAUCCUUUGUCCCCUGAUUCACUGCACACUCUGGGAGGUCCCCUUGGACUGCUGGCCUAUGGGGAGGUGGGACGCAAGCCGAUAAGUUUCUACAUACGGGAUGCCCUGCAGCUGGUUGGUCGAGCGGUCACCACGGCCACCAUGGUGAAGCCGGAGUUAGCGCUGGUUCAGAACUUGGUAAACUGUUACGACAAACCAAACAGGCAUGAACUACCGUCUUCUGGACAGUAUCUUUCCAGGUUUCUGUCCAACAUCUCUUUCACUGGCUCUACGGGACUGAUCCAAGUGGAUGCUGAUGUUUCUCGAGUCCUUUCCUCACAACUGUUCCACGUAUGGAGUCUUAAAAGAGGUGCGCUGGGUCAGCCAGCGUGGGUUACUGUAGGACAGUGGACCCGAGGUCGACUAGAACUUGAGGGAGGCAUUUUGGGACUGGUGGGAGGACUCGGCAACAGCCAGGGACAAGGCCUUGGAGCUGGUGUCAGAGGAGGGGAUGGUCAAGGGGAUGGCUAUUUUGGAGGACGCUGGAGACCAGGACUCUCUGUCGAGGAACACCGCCUCCGUGUGGUAACAUUGGUUGAACAUCCAUUUGUCUUCACACGGGAGGUCGAUGAGGAUGGGUUGUGUCCAGCAGGUCAACUCUGUCUGGAUCCUAAAACCAAUCGGACUGAUGUAAUCAAUGGCCUCUUCAACCAGCUUCACAACCCCAACUCUACAGUGAUAGACUGGGAAGGAAUUGAUUUGCCAGGGGAUCUAAGGAAAUGCUGCUAUGGGUACUGCAUUGACUUGUUGGAGAAACUGGCAGAGGAUAUGGGAUUUACCUUUGACCUUUACAUUGUGGGAGAUGGAAAGUACGGCGCGUUGAGCGGCACGGGACGCUGGACUGGCCUUGUGGGGGACCUCUUGAAUGGAACAGCUGACAUGGCCGUCACCUCUUUCUCCAUCAACUCUGCCAGGAGCAGAGUGAUAGAUUUCACUUCUCCCUUUUACUCCACCAGUCUGGGAAUUCUGGUUCGUAGCCAGGACACGGCAGCGCCCAUCGGAGCCUUCAUGUGGCCGCUCCACUGGUCCAUGUGGGUCGGCAUUUUCGUCACGUUGCACCUCACCGCACUCUUCCUCACCUUGUACGAGUGGAACAGCCCGUUUGGCAUGACCCCCCAUGGCAGAAACAGGCUGCGUGUGUUCUCCUACUCGUCUGCCCUCAAUCUCUGCUACGCAAUACUCUUCGGACGCACCGUCGCCACUAAGACUCCUAAAUGCUGGACGGGACGUUUCUUGAUGAACCUCUGGGCUAUUUUCUGCUUACUGGUGCUGUCCAGCUACACAGCCAACCUUGCUGCUGUUAUGGUUGGAGAGAAAACCUUCGAGCAGGUUUCAGGAAUUCACGACGACAAGCUGCACCAUCCCUCUCUGGGCUUCCGUUUUGGGACGGUGAGGGAGAGCAGCGCCGAGGACUACAUGAAGAAGAGUUUCCCAGAGAUGCACGACUACAUGAGACGCUUCAACCAACCCACAACGCCAGAGGGUGUGCACAUGCUAAAGACAGAUCCUCCGGCUCUGGAUGCAUUCAUCAUGGAUAAAGCCCUGCUCGACUUUGAGGUCUCCAUUGAUGCAGACUGCAAGCUGCUCACAGUGGGGAAACCUUUUGCCAUUGAAGGCUACGGCAUAGGCCUUCCCCAGGGCUCUCCUCUGACCCGUAAUGUGUCAGAGUUUGUGAGUCGCUACAAGUCUGACGGCUUCAUGGACAUGCUGCAUGACAAAUGGUAUAAGGUUGUUCCCUGCGGAAAGAGAGUUUUUGCAGUCACCGAGACUCUGCAGAUGGGCAUCCAGCAUUUUUCAGGUCUGUUUGUGUUGCUGUGCAUGGGUGUCGGCGGAGCUCUGCUGACCUUGGCAGGUGAACACACCUUCUAUCACCUGGUGGUCCCCCGCCUCCGGCGCUCCAACACCCUGCAGUACUGGCUGCACACCAGCCAGAAAAUCCACAGAGCGCUCAACACUACGUAUGAGGAUGUCGGGAAGGAGCUGACCGGCCUUGACCAAAAGCCCUCCUCUUGUAUCUCAGAAAACUGCACCUUACACAGGAAACAGCAUCAGCCUUCUCCGCCGUCACCUCCCACAUCCCUCCCUGCUUCCACCACAGCUGGUGAAACCGGAAGCUCCUCGCCGUCUCAUGAACCCAAGGAGAAGCGCGUACACUUUGACCUGGACACGCUUCACAGCUACCGCCUGCGCACGCACACGGCGUCGGUGCGUGGCCGGCCGGGCAUGGUCGGCCGUCCUGGCCUCGGUCUGGGAGGGUUUGGCUUCGGCAGCCUGGGCAGCUUUACCUCCCCGCCUCAGAUCAAUCUCCAUGUCAACGGGGGUCCGGUCUCUACCCUUGCGUCCACGGGUUUGGUCCUCUCUCCCCUGGGAAAUAGGGCUACUCAGACCAGCCUGUGGGAGGGGGAACUGCAGGAGCUUCAGGUGAAGAUCGAAACCUUCCGCAACCAGCUGAGAGAAGCUCUGGCUCGAAGAGCAGAGAUCCAGACCAGCCUGGACAGAGAGAGGAGUGGGCUGGUGCGAAGGGACACCAGUCUGGACAGGGAAAGAGACAGACAGAAGGUCCAGACUAUCAACACAGACAGAAGCAGUUCCACUCUGUCCAAACUCCCAGAAAGAGACAGGACCAGCCAACUGCAAACCCUGAACAAUCAGCAGACAGGAAGGCCCAGCCAGACAGCUGGAGCUGGUACCGCGGGGCUCGGAUGGACCAGCCAAUUAAACACAGUGAACAGUUUGGACAGAGGAAGAGCCACUCAAUCACGCCCCGUCGUUACUGUGACAGGAGAAAGGACUGUCCAGUCUCGCACUUCGAGUUUGGAGCGAAGUCAAGUCAACCAACAAGGUGCUGGAAACAUACCUGUCCAGACAAGGAACACUUCUAGCCUGGACAGACAGAAGGCCAACCUAUCGCGCACUCUGAACACUUUGGAGAGGACAAAAGCCAACCAGUCAAGUGUAAGCAGCGGAACCUGAUUGGUUCUCUGAAGCCUUCUGGUGUGCGGGAAUUAACAGAGAACUAGUCAGGUGGCGCUCUCGUUGCCACGGGAUGAUGGAUCGGAACGGGUUCUGGUCAAUUCACCCUUUUGCCAUUUUGUACCUUUUGCAGCUUUGGUCUUUUCCUAGCUGACCUUUUCAGGUUUGAAAUGGAGCCUUCUGCCACAGGAUGUUUUGUACUGACCCUGAGUCACCUGAAGGCCACACUAACUAAUUUCAAAUAUAUCCAGCUUACAUUCUGCUGUAAGAAAAUACGACUCCAAUUGGAAAUAUGAGCACAAGACAUCUUGGUGUGAUUAGGGGUGACAAAGAUUAAUCUCAAAGAUCACAUAUUUGCCCCCUUUUAUAAGUUUCUUGUGUUUUUGCUGUGUUGUUAUACCAAGUCAAAUUUUAAUAUACGAUUAUAAUAACUUCUGUAAAUACAAUCAGCACUUUUCAAACAAUGAUUUCAUGUUUUAAGGGAAUAAGUAACCUGGCUCUACGUGAAAAUUUAGUGCAUAAUCCUUUAAAUGUCUCAGUGAGGAAAUAAAGACACAACAUGGCA